AUGGAACUAACUUCUACCCCAUCAAGAACUGAACAUCUGCAAUCAUCUGUUCAGGAUACCCCGUCUGGUCAAUGGCCAACGUCUACGCGACUCUUCGAGUCCGGUAAACUCGAACACCGGAAGGAGCUCUUGGGCGCCAAGCUGGGCAAGACGUUGCCUGAGAAAACUCAAGCACACUGGCUCUCAGAUAUCCUGCCGCCCACGAAACUCACUCGCGACGACAUCAAUGGUGUAUACAAGCGUGUCGUGCAGGACGGGAUAUACUGCCCUGUUUCGAAGACUUGGAGAGAAUUGAGGAAGCCUCCCAAAACCGAUCCCAGACAUGAAACGAAGGUUUAUCAACCGCUCGUGCCUAUUUUCAACGCCAUCCUCGAUGCUGUGCCUCCAGCACUUGCCCCGCAAAAGCUGAUCUACAAGCAAAAGCCGUACACGCCCCCCACAGACGGACGGCCAGACGAUCGCACGAAACCGGACGCGAAUUUUGUCAGAAUAACAUCAUCUACAGCCAAUGCCACUUCGAUUGAUAAGAUCAGCUGGAUCAAUAUUCGCGAGAUUCAAGAGUUCAAGAAGGACGGGACACGAGCUGAUUUGGAGGAGAUCAUCAAGCAGAUAAUAUGGCAUUUACAUAUGCCCCUUGAUACCGACCUCCGGCGAUGGUGCGUCUACGGGUCGACGAUUAUCAACAACAACAUGCGCGGCUACAGGAUGUCGAGAGAAGGUGUGGUGGUAUCCCAGGAGGUGGAUAUUACCGAGGCAGGAUCCGCAUUUUCUUGUCGAAUAUGUCAUCCGGAUAGGGUGCGCAAGCGAGUUCCACCUUGGGAUCGACCCCAGAAUCACCCGUAA